ACUCAAAUAAACGGAAACGAAAACAACUCGUUUGUAAUUGGUUUUGUAAUGGGCAUGUAAUGGGUAAGUGAUCGGAAUGAUUGGUGACUGAGUUGACAGUGCCAAAGAUGGACGACAGCAACACCAGCCAGCAGCGCAACAAAAAGAAAAUGGAUGGCUCGACGUGCAUGGAGCUGGCUCUGGAGGGCGAGCGGCUGUGUAAGGCCGGCGACUGCAGGGCCGGAGUCGCCUUCUUCGAGGCCGCCAUUCAGGCGGGAACUGACGACCUGAAGACGCUGACGGCCAUCUACAGCCAGCUGGGCAACGCCUACUUCUACCUGGGCGAGUACAGCAAGGCCAUGCAGUACCACAAGCACGACCUCACCCUGGCCAGGACGAUGCAGGAUAAGAUGGGUGAGGCCAAGGCGAGCGGCAACCUCGGCAACACCAUGAAGGUGCUGGGACGGUACGACGAGAGUCUGCUCUGCUGCAAACGCCACCUCAGCGUCUCCCGGGAGCUCGGAGACAAGGUGGGCGAAGGCCGGGCACUCUACAACUUGGCAAACGUCUACCACUCCAAGGGCAAACACCUGGGCCGUUCAGGCAACCAGGACCCCGGGCACUUCCCCGACGCCGUCAAAGAGUGUCUCCAGAAGGCCGUCGAGUACUACAAUGAGAACCUACAGCUUAUGGUGGAGCUGGGUGACAGGUCCGCGCAGGGUCGCGCCUGCGGGAACCUCGGCAACACACACUAUCUGCUGGGCAACUUCACACAGGCCAUCAGCUACCACCAGCAGCGGCUGAAAAUCGCCAAGGAGUUUGGCGACAAGGCGGCGGAAAGGCGCGCUCACAGUAACCUGGGCAAUGCGCACGUCUUCCUGGGACAGUUUGAGACGGCCGCCGAGCACUACAAACGGACACUGGUGCUGGCGCAGGAGCUCGGCGACCGAGCGAUGGAGGCCCAGGCGUGUUACAGCCUGGGAAACACGUACACAUUACUGCGCGACCUGCCCGCGUCGGUCGAGUAUCACAUGAGACACAUGCGGAUCGCACAGGAGCUCAACGACACCGUCGGAGAGGGCCGGGCGUGCUGGAGUCUCGGCAAUGCCCACACGGCCAUGGGCAACAACGAGAAGGCGCUCUACUACGCCCAGCGGCACCUGCAGAUCAGUCAGCAGAUCGAGGACAUGGCCGGCCUGGAGACGGCGCGGAUGAACCUGUCGGACCUGCGGCGCGCCAUGGGACGCGACGCCGGCGACGGGCCCGAGCUGACCGACUCGACACUGUCGGCGCCGCUGCGGCCGCGUCGCCAGAGCAUGGACAACAUGGACCUGCUCAAGAUGACGCCUGAGGCCAAAGUACGGGGCGACGCGGAGAAGCCGGCGCCUCUCAAUGUCAGCCAGACUUCCAACGACGAGUCGUUUAUGGACGGUGACGACUUCCUGGACCAGCUGACGCGCUUCCAGUCGAAGCGGAUGGACGACCAGCGGUGUUCCCUGACGGUCGGAGGAGCCGGCGGAUCGUCCAGCGGCUCCACGCCCGAUCCCGUCAAAGACGACCUCAUCGACCUCAUACAGGGUAUGCAGUCGCGGCGAAUGGACGAGCAGCGCGCUGACCUGCCCGUCUGCGACCUGGACCUCCCGGGCUUCAGCGGCAGUAAGGACUUCAUUCAGCGGCUGAGUGUGGCCUCGGACGCCGACGGACUGCCCGACGACCAGUUCUUCGACAUGCUGAUCCGCUGCCAGGGCUCUCGACUGGACGACCAACGCUCGGUGCUGCCCGAGCUGAGCGUACCGCACCCUCCUCCGGCACCCACCGUACCCGACGAGGACUUUUUCUCGCUGAUCCAGCGACUGCAGUCUGAACGGAUCGAGGACCAGCGCUCGGCACUGCCGCCCAGUAAAACGCCCGGGGACUGAUCCGGCGGAUGAGCCGUGAAGAAUGCUGCUGCUAGUGUGGUGGUGUGGCGCCGAGGGGCGCUGCGGGCGGGAUUGGACCCGUGGGGUGUCGACUCUGCGCUCGGUGGUAUCUCGCCAGACUGUGUGAUGACCGAGGGACACGGACAGAAAUGGGGAGAAGGACUCCGGGUCUGUGAAUGCUGCAGCUGCGCAGAUUCAGCCACAGUUGUGCUGGAGAUACUGGAGAAAACCUGCCUUGUGCAGCGCGGUGAGAGUGGGAUGAGCGUCCCACGUAGGGACGCCUGCGAUAUUGGCGGGACGAAACGAAUGGUGUGAAGUCGCCCUAAAGGUGAUUCUGUAUGUGAUCGAGGUAUGUGUGUGAGAGCGUGCUGUAUGCACGAGGCUUAUGAUCUGGUCAUGAGUAAUAGAGUGUGCUGUGUGCACGGGGCUUACGAUCUGGUCAUGAGUGUGCUGGAGUAUGCUGUGUGCACGAGGCUUAUGAUCUGGUCAUGAGUGUAACGCUGUGUGAAAGCUGCUGUACUCGGUGCGCCGAUCAUCCCAUCAGCUGUCAUGUCAAGGUUCAAGCGCUGCCGACUCUGGGCGGGCGCCGCUGCGCGCGCGGCCGUCACUAACCAUGUAAGAGUCCCCCGGCCGGGCGGGGACUCUGCUGUGCCUGUUUCUCCUCUCCGCCGCUAGGGUCGCUGCCGUCGCGCUCCGCUCGUCACCAGGGCAUUGAUGUCUCCCAGCGCGUUCUAGGCUGGUCGCCCACUCUACCAUUCCUGUCUACAUGCCAAAUAAAUAACAUGGGAACAA